UAAAAAGCGGCGCACCGAUGAGUGUGAGGAGUGCAGGCAGUCCGUCGGUAGCUUUCGUGUUUAGCGGUGUUUUUUGCGGGUUUUAGGCCAAAAAAAAUGGACACUUUAAACAAGCUGAAACAGUUUGAUGCCUAUCCAAAAACUCUGGAGGAUUUUCGGGUGAAAACGUGGGGAGGAGCCACCGUGACCGUCAUCAGCGGCAUCAUCAUGUUAAUCCUGUUCAUCUCCGAGCUGCAGUACUAUCUCACUAAAGAGGUUCACCCUGAGCUUUACGUCGACACGUCGCGAGGAGACAAACUGAAAAUCAACAUCGACGUCAUUUUCCCUCACAUGCCCUGCGCCUAUCUCAGUAUAGAUGCGAUGGACGUGGCCGGCGAGCAGCAGUUGGACGUCGAACACAACUUGUUCAAACAGCGGCUGGACAAAGACCUGCUGGCGGUCACAUCCGAGGCAGAUAAACACGACCUCGGGAUGGCUGACGACGGUGAAGUGUUCGACCCCAGUUCACUGGAUCCAAACAGGUGUGAGAGCUGCUACGGAGCCGAGACUGAAGACCUCAAAUGCUGUAACACCUGCGAUGACGUGCGUGAGGCGUACCGGCGGCGAGGCUGGGCGUUCAAGAACGCGGACACCAUCGAGCAGUGUAAGAGGGAGGGCUUCUCCCAGAAGAUGCAGGAGCAGAAGAACGAAGGCUGCCAGGUUUACGGCUUCCUGGAGGUCAACAAGGUGGCUGGAAAUUUCCACUUCGCUCCAGGAAAAAGUUUCCAGCAGUCUCAUGUCCACGUGCACGCUGUGGAAAUUCACGACCUGCAGAGUUUCGGUUUAGACAACAUUAACAUGACCCAUCUGAUAAAACACCUGUCGUUUGGUAAAGAUUACCCCGGCAUCGUUAACCCUCUGGACGACACGGACGUCACAGCGCCACAAGCAUCAAUGAUGUACCAGUAUUUUGUGAAAAUUGUUCCUACCAUCUACGUGAAAACUGAUGGAGAGGUGGUAAAAACAAACCAGUUCUCCGUCACCAGACAUGAGAAAGUGGCCAACGGGCUAAUAGGAGACCAGGGCCUGCCGGGCGUUUUUGUUUUAUACGAGCUGUCACCCAUGAUGGUUAAAUUCACAGAGAAGCACAGAUCAUUCACACACUUUUUAACAGGAGUUUGUGCCAUUAUUGGAGGUGUAUUUACAGUGGCCGGUCUGAUCGACUCGCUCAUCUACCACUCGGCUCGGGUCAUCCAGAAGAAGAUAGAGUUGGGGAAGGCGUCCUAACGGCGCCGCCAACCCCCGCCGGCCUCCACGGUGCAAAACAGACCGAGACACGGACACAAGAGACGGAAAGAAGACAGACAGACAGACAGACAGACAGACGGAGGACGACGACAACGACAGACGUUGAGUGAGAGAAAAUACACAGAGAGAGGUUUUUAAAUCAGCCAUGUUUUUUUUUUUUUU